UUAAUGGUCAAAAGCCCUGGUAACAUGCCUUGGUGAUAAAAUAAUAAAUACUGGAUUAGCUAAACUGGACUUAGAAGUCUGAGAGAUGUUGAAGAGGAAAAUGAGGCUUCCUUAGAGUUUGUUUUGCAAUAUAUCUGGCUCUCCCCACCCAGCCACCGGAAGGCCCAAGGUUCUGCUUCCACCUGCUUGCUGUCUUGCAGCUCAUGUUGCUGACCUGACGGCUCUGCCUGGGUCUGUUCCCCAAUCCAGGGUGCCGGGAUGGCUGGGCCAGCACCUGUGGAAGAAGGCCGGCCGUUGCCUCAGGUCCUCCUGACCCCUUCGCCUGAACUGCUGGGAAAGGUCCUGAGUGAGCAGUUUGGACCUCUACCUUUCAUGGCUCCCAUCACCCGGAUGAAGAAGAAGCCUUCCGGCCAUUACUUCCCCACGGAGAACCGGGAGCAAGUGCUGGGUCGGAGACGUGCCGCCAACGCUAAAGAGAGAGAGCGGAUAAAGAACUUGAACAGUGGUUUUUCCAAGCUGAAAUCUAUUGUGCCGCUGAUCCCAAAGGACCGGAAGCCUAGUAAGGUUGAUAUGCUGAAAGCAGCCACGGAAUACAUUCGCUUGCUGCGCUUGAUUUUGGAAGAGAACGGAGGAGAUGAGAUGGAAGACUUGACCAGCCAGGCCUGUCCUGAGUCUGCCCCCAUGCCAGGACCUCCACAGAAGCCCUUGUCUGGAAACCUGUCUGAGGAAUCUGGUUGUUACCUCAAGGCUGAAGAUGGUGUGGAGUUGGUCUGGGCCCAUCAGGUGGUGGAAGCUCCAGCACGUUCGUGGGGUGAAACGAUCCUGCCUGCCUACAUGGGGAUUGUAGAGCUUCACAAAAAUGGUUAAAUGACAGUGUCACAAGGAGUUACGGUAGCUACGUCAAAAGGCAUUCUGGCUGUUAUUCUUCCUCUCCCUCUGUUCAUACAGUAUUAAGAAAAAGGAGAGGAGAAGCAGCAGAGAAGGCAGAGAAGAAAGCAACUACCUCUGGGACCUCCAUCAAGAACCAUAAAUAAGGCAGAGCAAAAGGCCAAUGGAAGCCUUAAAGUUUGCUUCUUUCUUAUAUGCAUCUACCCGAAGCUUAACACCAAGAAGUGAGGAGGCAUGGGGUGGCGUGAGUGGGGGAGGUCCAAGGAGAAAACCUUCUUGAUGGUGGCAUCUGGCUCUGGAAUAACCUCCCUGGAGAGUCUUGCUACAUGCCUUCCUUAGGGUCUAUUUCCAAGGCACGGAAGGUCAUUUUCUUUGCUUUAGGAGUCCUGAAAACAUCCUAACAGUCUAGCUGCAUUCCUUGAUUGUAACAACAUUGAAAAAUUAUGCCUAAUUUAUUUUAUCUCUAGCAAAAGAAAAAAAAAUAUUAUGCCUUUUCCCCCCUUGUUUUCAGUUAUUGUACAUUUAAUACUGUGUCUUGUUUUGGCUUUUAACUCUAAGCCAGCUACAGGCUUGGUUGAUGGAUGGCCAACUGCAUUUAAUUAUAGUAAUAUCUGUGAUCAAAUUGUUUUGCAGAAGCCCUGCUUUGAAUGGAAGCAGGAUCUUCAACGUUGAGCACUACAUGUCUGAUGGGACGCUUUGUUUCUUUAUACCUUUCACUUUUAUUUGAAAGUUAGUAAAGUUACCUUGUUAAGCAUU